CCGCACGUGCCCCGGAAGCGGAAGCGGCCGCCGGCAGCGCGCGGCCAUGGCGCGUGAGAAGGAGGCGGAGGCGGCGGAGGCGGCCCCGGAGCUGUCGUACCGGGAGCAGCUCGGGCACCUCAACCCCAUCGCGCAGCCGCUCGCCUCCCGCAAGCUGACGCGGAAGCUCUACAAGUGCAUUAGGAAAGCGGCCAAGCAGAAGCAGAUCCGCCGCGGCGUGAAGGAGGUGCAGAAGUUCAUCAACAAGGGCGAGAAGGGGAUCGCGGUGCUGGCCGGCGACACGCUGCCCAUCGAUGUGUACUGCCACAUCCCCAUCAUGUGCGAGGACAGGAACCUCCCGUAUGCGUACGUCCCCUCCAAAUCGGACCUGGGAGCUGCGGCCGGCUCGAAGCGCCCCACGUGUGUCAUCCUGAUCAAGCCCCACGAGGAGUACCAGGAGGCCUACGAUGAGUGCCUGGAGGACGUGGAGGCGCUGCCCAUGCCGCUCUGACCCACGGGGGGGGGGGGGGGGGGGGGACGGGAUGGGCCGUGACAGCAGGACUCUGCUGAGGGACGCGGGCAGGGGGUGAAUAAACGUGGGGGGGGGUU